AUGGAGAAAGGCCGGGCAACGAAUUACAACCGACCGGACGAAGGCUCACAUCCGUCGGGGUCACCACAGGCGUCUUUAGAGACCACCGGAGGACAGGUUACGAGCGUCAGUGCAACAGGUUCUUCUGGCCAUGGCAAAGAAUGUGACGAAGAGGCGAACACCGGGCCACAAGCCGUCAGUUUGGUGUAUCGUCACAUCUUUGGCGCAACGGCGGAGGUCAAGAAUGCUGUCCACUUCGUUGUACAAGGGGUGGUUGCCUAUCCAGCUGGUCAUCAUGUUGUCCUUUAUUCCACCGAAACGAGGACGCAGAAGUUCCUACCUGGAUCUGAUGAAUCCUUGGGAUGCACCUGUCUAGCGAUCAGCACGAAUAGGCGGUUCCUAGCAGUCGGCGAGAGGUGCACGCAGAGAGCUUUGGUGACAAUUCACGACCUACUGACGAAUAAGAGGAAGAAGUCUUUAGCCUUUGUCGAGUGCAUCUCCAACAGCUUCGUCAGUCUUGCGUUUUCGGCCGACACCAAAAUGCUCUUGGCUCUUGGUGGCCCCCCCGACUGGUGUCUUGUAUACUGGGCCUGGGAGAAACCCAAAGUCCUCGCUUCUUACAAGAUCAACGGCCCUUCAAAAAUCCGUUAUUGCGAAUGUUCCUUCAAUCCACUUGACUCCAACGUGGUUUGUAUGAUUGGCGACGGAGUGAGUCGUUUGAUGAAGCUCCAGGAAGGGGGUUUCCGCCCCAUGCAGAACCACCUGUUGAAGCGAGAGGGGCAAGGAUAUUCCUGCCAUGCUUGGCUGGCCGACGGAAACAUCGUAGCCGGCACGGAAGCAGGUGAAUUGGUCCUCUUCGACAACGGAGGAGACUUCAGAGGGUCGCUGACGUGUGCUCCGGGUGCCAAGCGUUCAGUUCUCUGUAUCGUUCCAACCAGCAAAGGAUUCAUUUGUGGCGGCGAAGAUGCCACGUUGCACAUGUAUGAAAAAACUGAUGAUGACCAGUACAAAACAUCAAUGGAGCUGAAAGUCGAACACCAAAACCCAGGACUGGAUGUAUGUGAGCUAAAGCCGCUAAUUGUGACGUGCGGAGAAGACAGAUCCAUCCGAGUCUGGGAUUUCCUCAAAAACACUAUGGAGCUCUGCAAAUUCUACUCCGAAGAGGUCUACAGCGUCGCUUUUCAUCCGUCGGGUUUUCACAUCCUCGCGGGGUUUUCCGACAAGCUCCGGCUCAUGAACUUGUUACUCGACGACCUCACCACGAUGAGAGAGUUCAUCAUCAAAGGCUGUCGCGAAUGUCGCUUCUCGAAUGGCGGCCACCUCUUUGCGGCCGUUCAUUCCAAUUUGAUACAAGUCUACGAGACAUACACUUGCCGCUCUCUAGUUACUCUACGAGGCCAUAACUCGAAAGUGCGGUCGCUAUGCUGGUCGCCUGACGAUUCCAUUCUCGUCUCCACAGGCAUGGAUGGAGCUGUGUACGAGUUCUCGGUCAUGAAGGAGGGCCUCCGUCUCUCUGACUGGGUCUACAAAGGGAUAAACUUCAGCAGCGCUGUCGUCCGCCGGGGCGACGAGGAGGCCGUCAAUACCCUCUUUGUUGUCGGUUCGGACAACUCUUUGAAGGUGGUUUCAAAUUCGCAACUGGUCAACACCUACGAUGCCGGGAGCACGCUGUCUUCUCUCGCCUUGCCAAGAACAACCAGAGCGCUGUUCGCUGGAACAGCGGAUCCUGGAGCACCAGGACAGCUCCGAAGCUAUGCGUUCCCACUUACAGGAGAAUAUCUUCGGUAUCAAUGCCAUGCUGGGCCGGUCCAGCGGAUCUGUGUUUCGAAGGACGAAAGGCUGGUGAUUUCGUGCGGCAUCGACGGUACCCUGUGCAUAUGCGGCAUCGUCGACAAAGACAGAGCAGUUGAUGACGAAGAAGAGUUGACAGGGCCAACGGUCUACACAGAUGAAGUUCUCGUGACGCGGACCCAAGUGCGUGAACGCAAGGCUCAGAUGACUGAGUUGGAGCGCCAAGUCGAGGAUCUGACAAACCAGAUGGAUUUCCAGCUCCGAAAUCGAGAAACACAACACAAAGAACAACUGCUGCAACUCGAAGAGCGCUACAACCACGAACUGGAGCUGGAAAGGAAUAAGUACGACAUUCUGCGCGAAGAAAAGCAAGAGCAAGAACAGGAGUUCAUGGACCAAGAGCGGGUCCGCGAAGACAAGCACGCAGCGACCGUUCAGCAGAUGGAGACGAAUUUCCAAAACAAAAUGACCAUCGAAGUCGCAAGGUACCACAAAGUCCUAAGCGAGAGAGAACGCGAUAAUGCAGCGUGGGAAGAGCGCCUCAAACAAGUCACCGAAGAUUUCUCUGCCAAGCUUGCUCAAAUGACGGCGGAGUUCGAAUCUUCCAAGAAAGCUUCCCGCGAUGAACUCGCGAGUCUCCGGGAACAACAGGACCUCGCGUUCAAAACGCACCAAGAGCUCCUGAGGCAAAUCGAAGAAGAUGCUGAUCGAGAGAUCGAGGAGCUGAAAGAGGCGUACGAGGAGAAGCUGGCGCACGAGAACGCCGAGAAAGUCCGUUUGCGUGGUCAGACGGGCAUCCACAGAAAACGCCACGAGGAUCUGAAGGAACAAACAGAACUUCUCAAGGAAGAGUUGAAGCAUAAAGAAGAGGCAUCCCAGAGAUAUCGAACAGAUAUCGACAAAUUGUUGACAGACCGGGAGAUUGUGUUGAAGGAGAUUCAGGAGCGCGAUCGCACGAUUGGGGACAAGGAGCAGAGGGUUUACGAGUUGAAGAAACAGAACCAGGAACUGGAAAAGUUUAAAUUCGUGUUGGGGCACAAAAUUCGGGAGUUGAAAGCCAUGAUUGAUCCAAAAGACAAGACGAUUGCGGACAUGCAGCGCCAGAUCCAGGCGAUGGAUGCAGAGCUCGUCGACUACCAUCGCCAGAACAAACUGGCGAAUUUGGAGUUGGGCCAGUUGAAAUUAAAACAACGCGCUCUCCAGGACGAAAUCGUGGACCGGCGUCAGCAGCUUGCCAUAGCCGAGCAACAGAUGAAGCGAAUGAAGAACGACUUGUACGAGUGCGUUCAAAACAUUCAAGACCCGAAGAAACGGAAAGAGGCGAUCACGCGUCUCUACCAAAAGUACAUCACAAACGAGCUCGCCAAGAACGACGUCGACUUUGAUAUCCUGAAGGAGCAAAAUCGGCAGAGGGACUAUUUGGAGAAGUCGGUGGAGUCUCUCAAACGCCGCCUAGCCAAAGACUCGGAAGUCCACCGACAAGACAACAUCAAAAUCAUGCAGGAGAACGCUUCCUUGAUCUGUGAAAUAAAUGAUCUCCGUCGAGAGGUCAAUCUCCUCCGUCUCGAACGGCAAGAGUCGAGAGUCCCAGGCGCCUCCCGAAACAGCUUAAAAUCCCGGAAGAAGGCGGAUACAGGACGGCAGCCAGGUGAAGCGACCCAAGGUCCCAACACCCAUGAGGAGCUGGCGAAGACGGUGGAAAUGCAAAGGAAACAAAUCGAGUUGCUGACGGCGCAAAACGACGCGCUCCAGCAUAAGUUAAACCAGAAACAAACUCGCUACCUGCCUCCCAAGCCCCAGAACCAUCCGCCUCGGCGCGCCUCAAAGACAGAAGAAAAAAAACUCCCCCAGAGAAUUCCGUCGUUCUCCAAAAAACCACCGGACAGCGAAAGGGGCAGUCCUCGUACAUCCCAACGGCAAGUGACGAAACCGUCUCCCAACUAUUCCGAGGCAACGAAGGAGGCUGUCACUCCACCUAAACGGAGACCCAGCUCGUCGAAGCGGCCGACGUCGUCUCCGGAAUCCUCAGUCAGUCACGAGAUAGGGACGGAGCCCGAAUCUGCGCGAAUCGAGAACGCUAGCGAGACGAACGUCAACGAGGCCGGCCCCGACCCUUGCGGCCUGCGUCGUGACGCGCACCGACUCGACGGAGCGACGAACAAACGCACGCCAGAGGAGGCGGAGACUGAAAGCCUGCCAGCGUACACCCAAGAGGAGGGAGAACAAGAAAAACCAGGGGAACAGAAUCAGACACGAAGCGGAGUGAACGAACACGGCCUGGAUGAAACAAACGGAGACACCCGACCGUUGGAGGCCCCGGUUGAGGAACAAGAGGCGCAGCCCUCUGACUGCUCCGAGCCAGCGCAAAAUAACGACGGAGAGGAGAAAGUUGGUGACGUCUUUUCUGAUCCCUCAGCGGAGAAGAGUGCCCACGAAAUGGAAGAAGCACGGUGA